CUUUCUCUGUGAGAACACAGCCCCGCUGCCUGCUCCUGGUGCUGCUGCUCUGACUUUCUGCCACCUCUUUCCUCUUUCUCUUCCUGCUUAGUUCCUUCCCUUCUGCAGGCAGCACUCCUUCCCAGGAUGGAGACUAACAACCCUAAACAGUUAUCAACAGAAAAAUCAACACUCCCAGGGGAUAGUUCUUCAUCUCCAGAUCAAAACGGCCCAGGGAAGCAAGAUGGUCAGGAGUCCUCAACCUCACUCCAAGCACCUGAGCAAGAGACAAGUGUGUUCCCUGAGAAGGGAGGCCAUGAUAUCUCUGAAGAGUUGAGCCGACAACUGGAAGACAUCAUAAGCACAUAUGGGUCUGCUGCCAAUCCAACAGGGAAAGAGGACACCUCCAAGACCAAGGAGCAGCCGGAUAGCACAGAGGCACAGGACAAUGAGGAUGGAGACUGUGAAGAAACCACUGAAGAGACUGAAAGAGAACCCACUGCUUCUGAAGAGCCAGCUGUAGUCAAAGAACCUGUCAGCAAUAAAGAGCAAAAGCUGGAAAAGAAGAUCCUAAAAGGAUUAGGUAAAGAAGCUAACUUGCUAAUGCAAAAUCUGAGCAAGCUGCAAACACCUGAAGAAAAACUUGAUUGUUUAUUCAAGAAGUAUGCUGAAUUGCUGGAUGAACAUCGCACUGAGCAGAAGAAGUUAAAGCUCCUACAGAAGAAACAGGCACAAAUCCAGAAAGAAAAGGACCAGUUGCAGAGUGAACAUAGCAGAGCUAUCCUCGCUCGGAGCAAACUCGAGAGUCUAUGCCGGGAGCUGCAGAGGCACAACAAGACACUGAAGGAGGAAACUCUCCAACGGGCACGCGAAGAAGAAGAGAAAAGAAAAGACAUCACGAGUCAUUUCCAGACUACCCUGACGGAUAUCCAAGCUCAGAUAGAGCAGCAGAGUGAGCGAAAUAUGAAGCUCUGUCAGGAGAACACAGAGCUUGCAGAAAAACUGAAAAGUAUCAUCGACCAGUAUGAGCUCAGAGAGGAGCAUCUGGACAAAAUAUUUAAACACAGAGACCUGCAGCAGAAGCUGGUGGAUGCGAAACUUGAGCAGGCUCAAGAAAUGAUGAAGGAAGCCGAGGAGCAACACAAACGAGAAAAGGAAUAUUUGCUGAACCAGGCAGCAGAGUGGAAACUUCAGGCCAAAGUGCUGAAGGAACAGGAAACAGUACUGCAGGCUCAGCUUACUCUCUACUCAGGAAGGUUUGAAGAGUUCCAGAGUACACUGACAAAAAGCAAUGAAGUGUUUGCCACUUUCAAACAGGAAAUGGAUAAAACAACUAAGAAAAUGAAGAAGCUGGAAAAGGACACAGCUACGUGGAAAGCGCGAUUUGAGAACUGUAACAAAGCGCUGUUGGACAUGAUCGAAGAGAAAGCACUGAGAGCUAAAGAAUACGAAUGUUUCGUGAUGAAAAUCCAGAGGCUAGAGAACCUCUGCCGUGCUUUACAAGAAGAGAGAAAAGAACUCUACAAAAAAAUUCGAGAAGCAAAAAUGUCUGAAAAGGAUGAGCAAGGUCAGCAUACCUCCGAAGAAGAGCCGGAAUCAAAUGCCUCUGAGGAUAAAGAGAUGGAUGUGGAGGAGGCCAGCAGUGUUCAAAACGCCCUGAAAAACCUGGCCACAGCGUUUGCCAUACUUCACCAUCCAGAGUCCACCCCUGACCAGUCAGAAGAAAGACAACCGGAAGUGAGCAGCAGAGCCCUUGCCCUCCAGCAACUAGAACAAGUCCCUCUGAUCCCUGCUGGGGCUUCAGACAAUCCUCAACCUCCUGAGGAUUCUCAGGUCAAGGCCGACAGGGUCCAUGCACCGGCACCUGCCCCUACGGCCAGCAGUGCACCUACAGGGACAGGGGCAGAACUCCAAGGCCAGGGUCUUCCAAUUGGGAAACUGUCUGACCUCCAGCCCCAGGAGCCACAGGCAGAAGCUUCGGGUCAGGCCUCAGGAUCUCCAGUCCCAGCCUCCUUACCUAGGGUAGAGGCAAGUGGUCCUACCCAACCCCUCCUAGAGAGUGAGCCAGUUCCAGAUGGGGUGCCUGGAAGUGAGCCCAGGGGGCAGCCCCGAGUAGCAGCCACCGAGGGGAUACCCCCAGGACCGCCCACCAGGCCCUCCAAAGAGGCCAGCACCAAUUUGGAAGGAGUAGACUAAGUCUGGUCCUGACUUCAGGCUGUUCUGACUGCAUCUUCGUAGUAGCUGAAAGCCUGUGAAAGAGACUUGAAGCACUAGGGAUGUCAAAUGGAAGAAAGUUAGGGUCAAGACAUUUUUAACGUUAUCCAGAGCACUUGGAGCCUUUGUUGCUGUUCUCAAUUUAUAACUGAAGUGGAGCUUUCCUUUAGCACCAAAUAAUAGUAUAAUUUUACCAUUGGCAGCCAAAUGUACCAAUACCAAAUAUAUUUUCCAUUAAGAUGAUACUUUAGUCCAGUUCCCUUUUUUAUUUAUUAUUUUUAUUUUGUGUGUAUGAGUGUAUUGCCUGC